GGGGGAGGGCGCGUCGGGCAGCGGCGAUCGAUACUGCGCGCAGUCGUGAGCGCGUGACGGCAGCACCGACAGCGGCACGCAGCGUCCGGCGCGCGCCGUGACAUGUCCCCGGCCAGCAUGCCCAGCUCUCCGGAACUGGCGCGGCCCCGUGCCACAGACUUCUCGAUCGCGGCGAUCAUGGCGCGCAGCAGUAGCCGCCCAGAGGUGCGCUCGACGACGCCGCCGCUGCUCUCGCCAGUGAAGGCGACCGAGGCGCGCUCGGACGGCGACGAGGCGCAGGAGAUCGACGUCGAGGAGCUGCCCGAGGCGGCCGUCGACGACUCGGCGUCUCGCGGCUCGACGCCCUGCUCCGAGCCUGCCGACAGUCCGCAGAAGCCGGCCAAGCGAGGCGUGCGCGUGCAGGCCAACUGCGACGAACUGCGCGACGUGCACUGCCAGCUGGAGGCAAAGGAGCUCUGGGACAAGUUCUACGACCUCGGCACCGAGAUGAUCAUCACCAAGACCGGAAGACGGAUGUUCCCGACGGUGCGCUGCUCGUUCACCGGCGUGGAUCCGCAGCUGCGAUACGCCGUCAUCCAGGACAUCGUGCCGGUGGACAACAAGCGCUACCGCUACGCCUACCACCGGUCGUCGUGGCUGGUGGCGGGCAAGGCGGACCCGCCGGCGCCGGCGCGGCUCUACGUGCACCCUGACUGCCCGUUCAGCGGCGAGCAGCUCAAGAAGCAGGUGGUCUCCUUCGAGAAGACGAAGCUGACGAACAACGAGAUGGACAAACAGGGCCAGAUUGUGCUAAACUCGAUGCACAAGUACCAGCCACGGGUUCAUCUGGUGCUCCUGGAGAACGACACGAACCCGUCAUCGAUCGAGGACAUCAGCAAGGUCAAACACAAGACGUUCAUCUUCCCAGAGACGGUGUUCACCGCUGUCACAGCCUAUCAGAAUCAAUUGAUAACCAAGCUGAAGAUCGACAGCAACCCAUUCGCCAAGGGCUUCAGGGACUCGUCGCGACUGACAGAUUAUGAACGGGACAACCUGGACUUCAUGUUCGACUCGCAGCAGUACGGUUUCCCGCGCCUGCCGCCGCCGCCGCUCGACGCCGACAACUCCAGCCUGGUGGAGAAGGCGCGCGCGCAGAUGGCGGCGCUGGGCAGCCGGCUGCCCGGCUUGCCCGGCCUGCCCGGCGUGCUGGGCACCGACGCCGUCGGGCAGCUGUACUCGCUGGGCGCGCGCGGCCCGCCGGCGCCGUUCCCGCUGACGGCCCAGCUGUGGUCCCAGUGGAGCGCCCUGCACGGCGUCGGCUUCCCGCUGGGCGUGUUCGGCGGCGGCCCGCUGCUGCCGGGCCUGGCCGGCCUGCCCAUACACCGCCGCUUCGUCACCACCUUGGUGAUCACCACCAAGCGACGCCACCUCGCCACCACCUGGUGA